GUGUCAGGGUGUGGGCUUGUGUUGCUGCUCGUCGACAAGUCCGCUCUCUAUUUUUUUCACCUCUUCUCUAUUGAAAGAAAGUCUUGAAAAUUUCGACAUUUAACGCGCGCAAACGACGCCUGAAGGUCGUGGAGAGCAUUCGUGAAUGACGUAGAUACAGUCUCCGUAUUCGCAGUUCCGGUGGAUCUUGUUAUGAAAGUAAAGUAACCAACUUUCAAACUGAACAAUAAUAUAUAAUUAUAUUAAUGCUAUUGGUAAUCUUGAAGGUAUAUAUGAAAGACACUGUAAACUUCCUUAUUGCGUUAAAAAGGCCGUGUUCAACAUAAAUUUUUGUUCAUUAAAGUCAUGCCUGCUUGGAGCUAAGUCCCUGCAAACUCCAAAUCCCAACAAUUGUUCGGAAGCCACCAUUGCGCAGUAAAUUGGAAGUCCCACACAACGUCAGGGAUGCUUGCCGACACCGAGAGAUCAAACGACCAUUGCGCCGAUAUCGAGACAGAUGGUCGGGCUCACAGAGACGACGCUUCUUCGGGCCCUGAAUUUGGCCCUGGCUGCCGCCCUGUGCAGCCUGUUAAGAUUACGAGUUCUUCAUAUGUUAUGCGUUGCCAUUCUUGUCAUAAAUCUAAUGUGGGAUUUUGUGAGAAAACAAGUCAGUGUUUUAAUAAUAAACAGCAAUGUUCUCUCGGUGGCAGUGACAGAAAAUUUCCAAAUGAAAACUACCGAACUUAUAACCGUGAAACUGGUAACACUUCUUUGCAUGAAACUCACAAGCAUAGAAGUCGUAAAGAAAUGAAUGAAGGAACAUAUGUCGCCGCAAGAAGCAAAUAUCAUUUUAAUUUCUCAGAAAACAAAUUCUCUUCGUCUCCUGUUGUUAAUGACAGUAAUGAUAAAAUAUUUGCCCAUAACACGCGGAAAAACUUCAAUGUAAAUGAUCAAUGUACUACCGAUACCAUACAAAAAUAUUCAGGCUGGAAUUUUUUGGCUUCUGCUACCGGAGUAGCUAUCAAUCUUGGUUCAUUCCUGAAUCCCUGUUAUUUGGUUCCGUCGGCCGUUCAUCCGUCUUCAAAAUCUCGGAUGUCUUCAUUGCAACUCUGGCUCGUCCUGACUCUGCUCAUGUCUAACUUGGCUGCAUCCGCUCUUGGCUCGACGCCUACACGACCGAAAACAUCAACUGUGAGCUCGCAAGAGCCUGACCUGCUUGAAGCCAUGCGGUUGGUAGACGACAUAGCACGAGGGACCGACAUGAGGGGCCGGUGCGCGCGGUCUCAACAGCACCUCAUGGCACGGGUCAACCUGCAUGACGUCAUCACCACUCCUAGGUUUACCGAGCUGCAGAAGAAGGCUGAGCUAAUGGCGCAGAUCUUGUUGGGCACCGGCAUUAAAGACGCUUCUGCGAUGAAGUGGGCGCUGAACUUCCUGACAUCAGAGGACGACCUGGUGCUGCAGACGAGGGUAGUGCUGCAUGAGGGGCAGAAAAUGUCAAUAUUGCCCUCGACGACCUACGGCAUCUCAGCGAUGCAGAAUGUGUCGCUCGCUAACCAGCCUUGGUAUUUCGAUUACUUGCAAAGAAAAGAGUUUCCCGGUGACCGCUUCCAGAAUCCCUUUGGCGCUCAAACUAGAGCAAUCAGAGGUACACGUAUGCAAUACUAUCCUCGUGGCAGCAUGUCUUUGCUUGAUAGACAUUACACUAAAAGAGACAGCGGCUCUUCAGUAAAUGCUAAAUUAGCUGGUACUGCAAAUGUACAAUUCGAUGCUGCUAUCAACGCUCGGAGUUUCUCAAGUCGAGGAAAUGACGACACCUCGGAGUCCACCAGACGCUCUGGAACUGAUGACAAAACUUUGGACUUUGAGGGAUCAUAUGCCCAUGGUGACGACAAAAGUUUCAAGCGUAGCGUACGAGCAACUCUGCAAAACGUUGGUGCUCGUAUGAAGCGAGGCCAUUACAACGCAAUGCGACAUGGUGGAGAAGCUACGUUCGUGGGGCGCUGGACGUAUCCGUACUACCAGUGCGAGACCACAAAAUGGGUUUCUUCACUCGUGAUUCCGUCUGCUCUUCUAAGCUCGCAAUCCAAUAUUACCAUAUCACGGAAUGGUCUCGGCCUGUUGGUCAUGGAUGUGGACCUCACAGCGAUGGACAUCAACCAGUGCGACGCUCCAGCCUCCAAAACCUCGUCUUUCCCUGGCGUAACUGAACUUAAUGGCAUACACAACAGCGAUCGUAAUGGAGGCAUUAACGUUCAUCCUAACUAUGACUAUAACAUUGAUAAUAACGACGAUCGUAAUAGCGAUGUUGAAUUGGACAGGAACAUCACUUUGGGUGUCUCAAAUCAAAUGGAGAGCUCAGUCAAUUUCCUAGAUGAAUCGUUCUACGACACGAGUGAUGAUCCCUCCAUGGAAGAGGAGGUCUUGAGUCAAUUCGACGCUGAGCGGCAAAUUGGGUUCUUUGGAACCCACAAGUGCCACAGCUCUUCAAUGUGCAUCCCGAGUUCCGGUCACGGCUGGAAGCUCGGCGGUUACACUUGCGUGUGUAAGAGGAAAUAUUUCUUAUCAACAAACCCCGACCAGAAUUUCAACGACGUGCGAGCGGGAGGAGCGUACUUGGAGAACACAAGAACUAAGGACAGAACACUUUCAGUUGGAGUGAACGACACGCUCAUGCAGUGUACCCGCUGCUCUCCAGGCUGCGACUCCUGCAACAGCACAGCCCCCUGUCUUGCAUCCUACAACUGGCCCUUCAGAAUCGCUCUUCUGUCGAUCUCAAUGACAUGUAUCGUGCUGACGCUUGCUCUCAUGGUUAUCGUCUACCGACUUCAGAGCGUUCAAGUUUUCAAAAUGGCAUCCCCGAUAUUCCUUUGUAUAUGCCUCAUCGGUUGCAUCAUCAUGUAUUCUGAGAUGGCAGCAAUUUUUCCCGUGUUGGAUCGGCCAUCCUGCAUAGCCACCAAAUGGACGCGUCAUAUGGGCUUCUGUAUAACUUUUUCAUCAUUGCUGAUGAAGACUUGGAGAGUUUCGUUGACCUACCGCGUGAAGUCGGCUCAUAAGCUGAAGCUUACGGACAACCAGCUGCUGCACUGGCUGACCCCCAUCCUAUUGAUUAUGGUCAUAUACUUGGGGGCCUGGACUAUAAGUGAUCCACCUGAAGGCUACGUAAUCAAGGACAACUACAAUCUCAAGUUCAAGAUCUGCACCUACAAUUGGUGGGAUCAUUCAUUGGCCCUGGGUGAGAUGCUGUUCUUGGCCUGGGGAGUGAAGGUCUGCAUUGGAGUGCGCAAGGCCGAGAGUUUCUUCAACGAAGCCCGUGUGAUUUCCUACGCGGUCUACAACAUCACUGCAGUCAACGUGCUCAUGGCGAGCGUCCACCUGUUUCUGGCGCCCAACGCUGGUCCCGACCUGAAGUACAUGUUUGGCUUCGCUCGUACUCAGCUCAGCACUACUGUGACCAUUAUUCUCAUCUUCGGUCCUAAGUUCCUGCAUAUCGCGCGUGGCACGGGAGACCAGCUGGAGCGCGGCCACACUCUCACCCCGAGCUUCUCCCGCAACGGCCUGGGACUGCCGGCCGACGAACACGCUGUGCCUCUGGACCAAGAGAACGAAGAACUAAAGGAGGAGAUCCAGAAAAUGGCAGCUCAGAUGGAGUUCAUGCGCAUCGUUCACAUGGAGGUACAGAACAGACAUCUUAAACCCAAGCCUGGGGGUUACUUCAGCGAGAAGGGAGGCUUACUUGCAGUGUGCAACACCAACUCAACCCUACUUGGCAAACCCAUGAGCCGCAACACGGCUGUGUCUGUUGUCACCAAUAAAACCCUUCUUGAACCCUCAGAUGGGUCAGUGCCUCUCGUGACGGUUGAGUGCAAUAAUUCGGUCGGAGGGGUUCGAACCACCGCCAACAGGAAAGAAAGUUUGGCAAGGGGUGCCCUCAAAUUCGACUCCAAAAACGAUGAGCUAGAAAUGGUCAAUAUCAGAAGCAAUAACGCUCCCUCCUUUCCUGCCAAAGUUUAGAAAUUUAAUUUUGUAUUUCAGCCAUUGAGAUUAGAUUAAUUUAACGAUGAGAGAUUUUCUUAACUUCUACAAAUGACAUAUGUGUUCAACUUACUUCUAAUGAUGUAUU